AUGUCCUCUGUAGAGAAAGUGAAGCAUGGCCACCGUCCCUGGGAGAGCGCCCCUGGCAGAGCCCCUGGUGGCGCCACCAACCUGAGAUGCACCCUAGGAGUGCCGCUUUCCGUGGGUGUGCCCCUGGCAGCGCUACCGUCCCUGGGAGAGCGCCUGGGUGCAUUAGCGCCCCUGGCAGGGCCCUUGGGGGCGCCGCCAUCACUAGGAGAGUUCCAGGGUCUCUCCCAGGGACAGCAGCGCCCCCAGGGGCCCUGUCAGGGCGCUGGCACCCCCAGAGGCCCUGCCAGGGACAGCUGCAACCCCAGGGGUCCUCUAAGGGACAGUGGCACCCCCAGGGCCCAUGCCAGGGGCGCUGGUGCCCCCAAGGGCUCUCCCAGACAGUGGUGUUCCCAGGGGCUCUCCCAGACGCAGCAGCGACCCCAAGGCCCUCUAAGGGACAGCAGCACCCCUAGGGGCCCUGCCAGGGUCGCUGGCGCCCUCAGGGGCUCUCCCAGGGACAGCAGCCCUCCCAGGGACGGCGGCACCCCCAGGUGGCCUUCCAGGGACGACGGCACCCCAAAGGGCCCUGCCAGGGGUGCUGGCGCCUUCAGGGGCUUUCCUAGGGACAGCAGCACUCCCAGGAGCCCUCCCAGGGAUGGGUGCAUCCCCGGGGGCUCUUCCAGAGACAGCAACGCUGCCUGGGGCCCUCUCAUGGGUGUUGGUGCCCUUACGGGCUAUGCCAGAUACGGCAACACUCCAAGGAGCCCUCCCAGGGAUGCCGGCACCCCCAGGGGUUCUCCUAAGGACAACGGCGCCCCCCAGGGGCCCUCUCAGAGACGGCAGCACCCUCAGGGGCCCUGCCAGUGA